CAUACAGAUCAAGUCUUUCUCACUGGAUAGCAACAUGGCCACAAAACUACCAUCUCAAGAGGAAUUUGAGAACUGGACAGCUUUUCAAGUUGCAGAUCUUCUAAGACAGUCUGGAAUGCCUGAAUCUGCUGUGGUUGUAGAAAAACUGGGCAUGAAUGGAUCUCAUUUCUUGAAUGUAUCAGAUUAUGAGCUAAGCCGAUUCAAAAUAAUGCAUCAGCCGAAGCUUCAAAAGAUGGUGCAUGACAUCAAGAAAAAUGAAAGUGGGAUAAUAAACAAGUUCAAAAAGUUCCAAAAUGAACAAGUGGCCUUAAUUUGCAAAACUGGGAAAGAUACUUGGGAUCGGCUAAAAAAAAAACCUCCACCAAGUCUACCACAACGGGAUUAUGCUUCAGAACAUGCAGACAAUGAAGAGGAACAAUGGUCAGAUGAUUUUGACAGUGAUUAUGAAAAUCCGGAUGACCACUCUGACUCUGAGAUGUAUGUGGUCCCCAGUGAAGAGAAUCCUGAUGACAGCUACGAGCCGCCUCCAAGUGAGCAGGAGAAAAAGAAGAUUCCUUCCGCAUUCCCUAUUUCUAGGGGUGAAUACGCAGACAAUCGCACCAGUCACCAGCAGCUUCCUCCCAUCAACAAACCUCUCCCAAGUACACCCAGUCCAGCCAUGUCCAGACCAAAGAAACCAUCCGUGCCAUCCCUGCCUUUGCCAUCUCCUGCUGCAAAACCAAAAGUACCACCGAAGCCUAAGGAGUGUAGUGAUGAUGAGGAUAAUUACAUUGUGCCAGUGGACAAUGACGACGAUAACUAUAUUGAACCCACAGAAAGCAGCAUGUCACUACCUACGAGAUCUCCUGUGAACAGAUAUAUGAAGACAACAAAGUCAGCCCCCCCUACUUCUCCAAAGCCUUCUCUUACUUCUGAUAUGCAAGAAGUCUACGAGGUUCCUGAAGAAGAGGAAAAACCAUCACCACCACCGGUAACUAGGUUCACUAAGCCACUUCCGUCUAUGCCUGCUCAGAAUACGGAGCAUUCCCACAUGCACAACAUGACCAGGGAGUCACCUAAGCUGGAUACUUCCAGAAAUAUUUUGCCUCUUCCCAGAAAUCGUCUUCAUCCAAAAGCAGACCAUGAAGCAAACAAUAAUGAUGGAAAUCAUAGCUUCAGUAACACACAAGAAUCCAGACUUCCCACUGGAGCAGCUCCGUCUCCGUUACCGAGGGGCCUAAAGAAAACUUCUAAUGCAGUAAAUUCACCAAAACCGUGUUUACCUUCCAGAGAGACCUUAACUGCAAAUGAAGAAAAACCUACAGCAGCAGAACGACGACGAGGUUCCAGCCAAGAGCUUCUGCUUCCACCUCUUCCAAGUGGUGCCCAAAAGCCUUUGCUCCAAAAGUCCUCAAUUCUGCCAAAAGUGCCAGAAGUUGCAAACCGUUCUCUGGGUACUUCCCCUCACAGCAGCAUUUCAUCUAUUUCAAGUACUGCAGACCAGGAUGCUGGUGUUCAUAGUAAAGCAUGGUAUGCUGCUACCUGUGAUAGGAAAACAGCAGAAGAUGCAUUGUACCGAUUAAACAAGGAUGGAUCUUUUCUAAUAAGAAAGAGUUCUGGACAGGAUUCACGGCAACCAUACACACUGGUUGUGUUUUACAACAGAAGAGUAUACAACAUUCCUAUACGAUUUAUUGAAUCAACAAGACAAUAUGCACUGGGCAGAGAAAAAACUGGUGAAGAGCGCUUUGACAGUGUUGCUGAAAUAGUAGAGAAUCAUCAGCACACCUCCCUGGUUCUAAUUGACAGUCAAAACAACACGAAAGACUCCACGAAACUGAAACACAUUGUAAGAGUUUCUUAAUCAAACCGAACUGCUAACAUGAAGACUUUUGUAAUCAUUUCUUCCAACAUCCCAAAACAUGUGGAUCAGGUAUUAAAAGAAGAAAAUCCAAAAUGAUGGAAAAUACUCUUUAAGAGCACCUAGUAAGUGAUGCAGUUCAUAAAGUUCAACCCCAUGUCACUUUUGUUGGAAAAGCACUUGUAUUUAACACAAGAAGCCAAAGCAGAUAUACUUUCGUCUGUGAUUCCCAUCUGUGACAACGUGGGUAUUCAAAGUCACGUGAAGAACAACUGCAUGCCACAGCCUGGUCCUUUGACUGCUAUUUAAAUAUAGAUUUCCUGUAGGACAUUCUCACUUUAAAAAUGAGAAUACCCACAGUGAUCUACUCUUUCCAUUUGUUACAUUUACCACAGAUCACUGCUUUCAGCAAUUUCUUUGUAAAGCUCCAGAAGUUAGAGCAACUCAACCUAAUGUACCACUGUGUACAAGCUGAAAAUAGGACUGUACUUCAUGUGAUUAGUGGCAAUAAAGCUGUCUGAAUGUUUUAGAUUAAUGGACAUGUGUUGUCCUUUUCCUUGGCUUUACUCUGUUUCAUUAAUAUUUUUGUUUGUAUUUUCAAAUGUGCAAAUAAAAUUUAAAAUACUGUAAAGUCAA